AAGUGAACUUUUCUGAGGGAAAAUAAACGAGGAGGGGGUUGCUGACGUCACGGGGCGGAGCCUUUCUUUUCUCCUACCAAGAUGGCGCCUUUGGCUCACUUCCGGUGAGGUCGGCUGAAGAGGAGAUAACCAUCGAGGAGAAAAUAAAUUAAAAAGCUUCCCUGAAGGAGAGCCAGGACUAUGGCCAUGGCGGCGGUGUCCAAGCGGGAAGGCCCUCAAUUCAUCAGCGAAGCGGCCGUCCGAGGGAACGCGGCCAUUUUGGAUUACUGCCGGACGUCGGUCUCGGCCCUGUCGGGGGCCACGGCGGGGAUCCUGGGCUUGACCGGCCUCCACGGCUUCGUCUUCUACUGCCUGGCCUCCGUCCUCCUCUCUGCGCUGCUGGUCCUCAAAGCCGGGAGGCGGUGGAACAAGUACUUUAAAUCCCGGAGGCCCCUGUUUACCGGGGGCCUCAUCGGCGGGCUCUUUACCUACGUCCUCUUUUGGACUUUCCUCUAUGGCAUGGUCCAUGUUUAUUAGGAAGGAAAAGAAGGUGUAGUCUCGACGGCGCGGGAGGACUGUCGCCGAAACCGUCGCCUCAUCCUUUAGGCCCAACCGUUGGGGAGCUUCGUCGUCAAUGCGUCGCUUGCACUGUUAACACUGUCUAUAACUUAUGUGGCAAAAUCAUUAAACACAAUGUGAGAUUUGAGUCAUUAAAA